AUGGCGUCAUCGAAUAAUCAGCCUCCAAAGAAGGCUUUACGCAAUGCAGGAGGAUCAUCUAACCAAGGAUCGUCCCGUGGGUCGACUGGGCAAACUGUGAAGUUUGCGAGACGAACAUCGAGUGGGAGAUAUGUGAAUUUAUCGAAGGAAGAUAUUGACAUGUCGGCGGCGGACUCAUCGUCCGGCGAUUACACGAACUACACAGUUCAUAUUCCGCCGACCCCAGAUAACCAGCCGAUGGACACGUCGGUGGCCAUGAAAGCCGAAGAACAAUACGUUUCAAAUUCUUUAUUCACAGGCGGAUUCAAUAGCGUGACCCGAGCUCAUCUGAUGGAUAAGGUUAUUGAUUCUGAAGUUAGUCACCCUCAAAUGGCUGGAUCUAAAGGGUCUUCUUGUGCGGUACCUGCCUGUGAUGGCAAAGUUAUGAAGGAUGAGAGAGGGAAUGAUGUGAUUCCAUGUGAGUGCAGAUUCAAGAUUUGCAGAGACUGCUUUUUAGAUGCACAAAAAGAGACAGGACUAUGCCCUGGCUGCAGGGAGCCAUACAAAAUAGGGGAAUAUGAAGAUGACUCGCCCAAUUAUUCAGGUGGGGCAUUACAAUCUUUGCCUGCACCAAACGGGUCAGAAAGGGAUCCGAAUAAUAUGUCAGUAAUGAAACGGAAUCAAAAUGGAGAAUUUGACCACAACCGGUGGUUGUUCGAGACCAAGGGGACGUACGGAGUCGGAAAUGCUUAUUGGCCACAAGAUGACAUGUACGCUGACGACUCUGGCGACGGUCGUGGCGGCGGACUAAUGGAUUUAGCAGAAAAGCCUUGGAAGCCACUUAGCCGGAAAACGCCCAUUCCAAAUUCCAUCAUCAGUCCUUACAGGUUGAUCAUUGCAAUCCGGUUUGUUGUACUGGGCUUCUUUUUGCACUGGAGAAUAAUGCAUCCAAAUGAGGAUGCAAUUUGGCUGUGGUUAAUGUCUGUAAUUUGUGAGAUAUGGUUUGCCUUCUCAUGGUUGCUUGACCAAAUCCCAAAGCUCAUGCCAUGUAAUAGAUCUACCGAUCUUCAAGCUCUUCAUGACAAAUUCGACAUGCCGUCGCCGUCCAAUCCGACAGGCCGAUCCGACCUCCCCGGCGUCGACGUUUACGUGUCCACUGCCGACCCCGAGAAAGAACCAGUUCUAGUCACAGCCAAUACCAUCCUUUCCAUUUUAUCAGUUGAUUACCCCGUGGAGAAACUUUGCUGUUAUAUUUCUGAUGAUGGAGGCGCUUUACUUACUUUUGAAGCAAUGGCUGAAGCUGCAAGCUUUGCAGAUUUAUGGGUUCCUUUUUGCAGAAAACAUGAUAUUGAACCACGCAAUCCAGAGACGUAUUUCAGCUUAAAAGUUGAUCCUACUAAGAACAAAAGUAGGUUGGAUUUUGUGAAGGAUAGAAGGAGGGUUAAGAGGGAGUAUGAUGAGUUCAAGGUUCGGAUAAAUGGUUUGGCAGAUUCUAUCAGGAGAAGAUCUGAUGCGUUCAAUGCUAGAGAGGAAAUGAAGAUGAUUAAGCAUUUAAAGGAGACUGGGGCUGACCCUUCAGAGCCUGUGAAAGUAGUGAAGGCCACGUGGAUGGCUGAUGGGACCCACUGGCCAGGUACUUGGGCUGUUCCUUCAAGUCAACAUGCCAAAGGUGACCACACAGGGAUUCUUCAGGUGAUGCUGAAACCUCCAAGUCCGGAUCCAUUGAUGGGAAGUCGAGACGACAAGAUUAUAGAUUUCUCAGAUGUGGAUACAAGGUUACCAAUGUUUGUGUAUAUGUCCCGAGAGAAGCGACCAGGCUAUGAUCACAACAAAAAAGCCGGAGCCAUGAAUGCCUUAGUUAGAUCAUCAGCAAUUCUAUCAAACGGCCCAUUUAUUCUUAAUUUGGAUUGUGAUCACUACUUCUACAAUUGCAAAGCCAUUCGUGAAGGAAUGUGCUUCAUGAUGGAUCGAGGUGGUGAAGAUAUUUGUUAUAUUCAAUUCCCACAAAGAUUUGAAGGCAUCGAUCCAUCUGAUCGCUAUGCUAAUCACAAUACGGUAUUCUUUGAUGGAAACAUGCGAGCCCUUGAUGGUGUCCAAGGGCCAUUUUAUGUGGGAACUGGCUGUAUGUUUAGGCGUUUUGCACUGUAUGGUUUUGAUCCACCAAUGGUUGAGAAAAUUGAUGGUAAAUCUCAGAACUCAGAUUCUAGCCAUGCUGCUGAAGUGCAACCUUUGAAUCCCUUUGACUUUGAUCCCAACCUGAACGUUAAUAACUUACCCAAGCGUUUUGGUAAUUCGACCAUGCUCGCCGAAAGCAUUGCGGUCGCCGAGUACCAAGGCCGCCCUCUCGCCGAUCACCCUGCCGUUAAGUACGGUCGUCCUCCCGGUGCACUUAGGGCUCCUCGUGAACCACUUGAUGCCCUUACUGUUGCUGAAGCUGUCUCAGUAAUUUCUUGUUGGUACGAGGACAAGACUGAAUGGGGAGACAGAGUGGGAUGGAUCUAUGGUUCUGUGACUGAGGAUGUGGUGACCGGCUACCGAAUGCACAACCGUGGAUGGCGAUCGGUGUAUUGCAUAACUAAACGAGAUGCAUUUCGCGGGACGGCUCCGAUCAAUCUCACAGAUCGAUUACACCAAGUGUUACGUUGGGCCACAGGUUCUGUGGAAAUCUUCUUCUCUAAGAACAACGCCUUCCUUGCUGGUAAAAGGCUCAAGUUCUUGCAACGUCUAGGCUACCUCAACGUCGGAAUCUACCCAUUCACCUCCAUCUUCCUUCUCGUAUAUUGCUUCCUUCCAGCACUCUCCCUUAUGUCAGGAUUCUUCAUUGUUAAGAAUCUUAGCAUCGCCUUCUUGGUCUACCUUCUUGCCAUUACUCUUUGUCUCAUAGCGCUAGCCAUUCUUGAGGUGAGAUGGGCUAAUGUGGGGUUGGAAGAAUGGUGGAGGAAUGAGCAGUUUUGGGUUAUUGCCGGAACUAGUGCGCAUUUGGCUGCUGUAAUACAAGGGCUCCUAAAAGUGAUUGCAGGGAUUGAGAUAUCCUUCACUUUGACAUCCAAAUCAUCUUCUGAAGAUAAUGAUGACAUUUAUGCAGAAUUGUAUUUGGUUAAGUGGACUUCAUUGAUGCUUCCACCAAUUAUUAUUGGAAUGGUCAAUAUUAUCGCCAUUGUUGUUGCUUUCAUGAGGACGGUUUUCUCAGCAAUCCCUCAGUGGAAUAAAUUUAUUGGAGGAGCCUUCUUUAGCUUGUGGGUUUUGGUUCAUCUCUAUCCUUUUGCAAAAGGUUUAAUGGGAAGGAGAAGGAAGACGCCCACCAUUGUUUAUGUUUGGUCAGGUCUCAUCGCCAUUACUCUUUCCCUUCUAUGGCUUGCUGUUUCCCCACCUGCCAGUAGCAACACAACUGGAGGGAAUUUCCAAUUUCCUUAA